AUGAGGAUGUCUGCAGCCCAUCACCGCCUUCCCACCGACAACUACAACAACAUCUGCUCUGUUGCACCCAAAGCAUCAGGAAAAAGUAAACCAAAGACCAAGCCAAAUCCUGUCACCACCAUGACAUACUCUACUACGGUCUGGACUUGGACAUUUGUUUUUAGUAUAUGCUUCGGCCUGUCGAAAUGUCACUUUUCAGUACCUCUCAAAAUAUUCCCGGGAAAGUACAACGUAUCCACGGGGGUGAAUUUGACAGCCCUCCGGCUCCUGGCGCUGAAGUCUGAUGGAAACGGCCUUUCUCUGGCUUCUGAUCCCACCGGUACAGUGAACUUUCUGGAUAUGGUUAAUAACUUGCAAGGCGACUCUGGAAGAGGCUACUACAUAGAAAUGUCAGUGGGCACCCCUGGCCAGAAGUUGAACAUCCUGGUGGAUACGGGCAGCAGUAACUUUGCGGUGGCUGCGGCUCCACACCCAUUCAUUACUCACUACUUCAACACUGAGCUCUCCAGUACCUACAUGUCAACCGGUCAGCCUGUAGCUGUCAGGUACACCCAAGGCAACUGGGAAGGUGAGCUGGGCGUUGAUCGCAUCUCCAUCCCUAAGGGCCCAAAUGGGACCAUCACCAUGAACAUCGCUGCCAUCACGUCGUCUGACGGCUUCUUUUUGCCCGGGAUCAACUGGCAGGGCAUCCUGGGACUGGCCUAUCCUAUGCUGGCACGGCCCGACUCGUCCGUGGAGCCUUUCUUCAACUCCGUGGUGAAACAGCUGGGAAUUCCAGACAUCUUCUCCUUGCAGAUGUGCGGCGCUGGUCUGUCGGCCAGCGCCGCAGCCGAUCCCCCGGGUGGGAGUCUUAUAAUGGGUGGUGCUGAGCCAACUCUGUAUCGGGGGUCAGUGUGGUACACCCCUAUUGUAGAAGAGUGGUACUACCAGGUGGAGGUUUUGAAACUGGAGGUUGGAGACCAGAAUCUGAAUCUGGACUGCAGAGAGUACAACAUGGAUAAAGCUAUCGUUGACAGUGGGACCACACUGCUGCGGCUUCCUGUCAAUGUCUUCAAUGCUGUGGUAGAAGCCAUCACCCGCAGCUCUCUGAUCCAGGACUUUUCCUCGGGUUUCUGGGAUGGCACCAAGCUUGCGUGCUGGACGAAGGGUGAGACCCCCUGGAAGUUUUUCCCCAAGCUGUCCAUCUACCUCAGAGCCACCAACACCAGCCAGUCCUUCCGCAUCACCAUCCUGCCUCAGCUGUACAUCCAGCCGAUCACCGACGUGGACGGCACGCUCGACUGCUUCCGUUUCGGGGUGUCCUCCUCAGCCAACGGUCUGGUGAUUGGGGCCACUGUCAUGGAGGGCUUCUAUGUGGUGUUUGACCGUGCUCAGAAAAGACUGGGCUUCGCACUCAGCAGCUGCGCGGUGGCUGGCGGGGCGGCCCUGUCAGAGAUCGCGGGCCCCUUCUCGGCGGCAGACGUGGCGGCCGACUGCUCCACGGGCUCACUGAAGGAGCCCCUUCUGUGGGUCAUCUCCUACGCCCUGAUGGGAGUGUGCGGCCUGGUGCUCAUCAUACUGCUGGUCCUGCUGCUCCUGCCCUGCAGGCACAGGGAUCGCUCCGGCGAGAUCACGGACGAGUCCUCGCUCGUCCGGCACAGGAUCAAGUGACUGAGACGAAAGGGACGGGCGAGCGCGACAAGCAGGCCGAGGGGCAGCGAGCUGACCCCGUCCACGCGUGUGGAGAAAGGGCUCGGCCUCGAACGCUUGACCGAGUCCAGACUGCACCCAUCAGCUUGGCCCACGGACGCACACACAAACACAUCAGCUGCCCCUUAAAGGGAAAUUCCACCCCAAAAAACACUUAUCAACACAGCCAUUAGAGGUCAACGUUUGUUCCCUCUUCCUCGUUGGUGUACCUCUCUUAUCCUCACCGACGAUAAAACAAUGUUCACGGAAGCUAUCUAAGGACAUCGAUAAUCAAUGAGGGUGAUUUUCUUUUUUUUAUAGACUACUAUUCUUUUCUUCUAACAUUCACUAUCUAUACUUUCAGAAAACUCAUAUCAAAAUAGGGCUCAUCCUCUUUCGAGUUGUCAAAGGGUUUCUGGGAAACGAAACUAUGCAAAAUAGAAUUAACAAAGUUCCUGAAAUGCACUACACAUCUGACCAGAUACGAGUAUUGUUUGACAAUCAAUGAGCAGCGCAGGCUGGUUGUAAUGAUGGGACAUGCAGCAUUGGGAAGCCAUCGGACCUUUCACUUGAGGUUUUUAAAUCAGAUCAGAAAUACUUUACUAAUCCCAGAGGGAAAUUAUUGUGACUGAUUCUGAUUCUGAAAUUAUUUGCCUGCUAUGUGGUCAGAUUUUUGGUUCCUGUUUUCUAAGGAUCCAAAACAUUGUAUAAGCAUAUUUAAGUUGAGAGGUAAAGCUGCUGAAACAACCACUGUUAAUUUUAGGAAUCGUUUACAGUGCCUGCAGUGCCUUCCAGUCUAAGCUCGCCGCUGAGAUGAACCAAUAGAAAGUACCAGCAGGUUAAGACUUGCUCUGAUUAAUUGCACUUUGCUUCUGAAGUUGAUCAAAAGUGUGACAUGAAGGUCCAUAUGUGGCCACGUGUUUGUUGUAUUCAUGUAAUUUUGCUAAAUCUGUAUACACUCGGCUUUGUAUUUAAAUCUCUUUGAAUGUUACUGUGAUAUUAUUCCAAGUCGUUUGCAUUGUAGCCCAAUUCUUCCAGGAUAUUUUUAACAAAACAAAUGCUAAAUAUAAACCAAAUUAGGACGAGUUUUCAUGCAAACAUGAUGGAAAUGUACUAGACUACUGGUAGUCAUUUUUCUAGCAAAGCUGGCUGACCCGUUGCCUAUCAACAAAACAUUAUUGGACAUCAUUUUCAGGAUGUGGGUUUUUGUAGCAUGAACAAAGUUGCACACUAACAUGUCCAUAUGGCCCACAGUGUGAAGUUGUAAAACUGUUUUCUGAAGGUACAUUUGAUUAUUUAAACGCUCACUUAUUUUAAAGGUGUAUUACUUGUGCCAAAACUGUACUUGUGCUGUAAAUAAACAAACUUCUGACAAAUCAGAGAGAAAUUUUAAACUAAUAAAUAUUUCGGGACUUUGA